AAGUUAGAGAGAGAGAGAGAGAGAGAGAGAGAGAGUUGGAAAGUCAAAGAGUUGGAGGAGAGAAAAAGUGCACUAGUUGUAGACAGUGUGUUCUGAAGUCUCUUCAUUUAUUUAUUUUUUUUGUCUCUUAAAUGCUGCUGCUGUUGUGAUUCGGUAUCAGUCCAUCCAGGAAUGGAGGGAUGAACAGAGGACGGGGACAGAGGGGUCUCACUGGGGGAUUUUAGACAACUGUUUCAUUCUGCUUUUUAUUUGAUUUUAUUUUUACCCCCCCAGAGAUGGACAAACAAAAAGUGUGUACAGUGUGUACUCGAUGCCCUGGGUGUAGCGCUGGUGUAAGAGGUUGAUCCGUGGCUCCGUGGCUCGGUCUCUCAGGAGUAAACAUCAGAAUUCCCACGGGUUUAUCCGAGGUCAGGAGUUCUAACGCGGUCUCGGCGUUUCUGCCCAAACAAACAUCGCAAAACCAGCAGGAAUGCCACGAGGAGAGAGGAGAGGAGAUCGGAUGAAGAAAAGAAAAGGACUUGACGAGGCUGGGACAUGCAGAGAGAGUCCAGCGCGGACGUCUCACACUCACUUCCUUCUUCAGGCCAAAGGUCAAAGUUCAAAGGAGAAGUGGAGAUUCGGAUUCUGAUUCAGUUUUCUGGCUCGGCUGGUUUCGGACCUGCAGGCGUUCCUCCUGGUUCUGGACGGUGAGAACCUCAGCUACAUCGCUCAGGCCAAGAAGAAGUCCAUCUCAGAGCUCCUGUCCAAACUGCAGGAGCACAAAGACACAGCGGCAGUGGAAGAUGCAGAGUACAUGAUCAUGAACUGUCCCUCUGGAGUCCCAGCUAACGACCUCAGACGAAACUCGGCUAGCGAUCCGGGUUCAUCGGAAAAUCCGCACUCCAAGUGGCUUCACUGCACGUCUGUAGGUCCCGUGGUUCCCCCGCGGCCUCCGUACAGGUUGGAGGAAGAGGAGGACUGUUAUGAGGAGGCGGAGCCUUUUAUUCCAUCCACUCAAUCUACAGAUAAACUGGACUCGGAGAGCAGUCAUUACGAGUCGUACGGUGAGGAAGAGGAGGAUGUCCCCGUGGACCGAGCUUACUAUAUCCAGUGUGGCCUGCGUCCUGUCCCUGAAUCGCGGCUCUGCGAGUACCUGUGGAGGAAGAAGUGGCUCGGCCAGUGGACACGCCAGCUCUUCAUUAUCAAACACGACUCCUUACUGUGUUUUAAGUGCGCUAAAGACCUCCACCCUCUGCUGGAGAUGAAGCUGACGGGCUGUCAGGUGGUGUACAAGUCCAAACACAGCAAGAAGAUGCAGCACGAGCUGAAGGUGGUGAGCGGAUCCGACACGCUCAUCCUGGGCUUCCAGAGCUGCAGCCAGGCCGAGGAAUGGAGGAAGAUCAUCGAGGAGCUCAGCGGCUCUUCGUACUGCGAGCCGGAAUCCACGGGUUCCUCCUCUUUCCUGAAGAGUGAAAGACUGGAUUCUUGCAGGUCGAGCUCAGUCCUCCACACUGACUCGGAUGAGGAGAUCAUCUCCGCUCCUUCUUCUGCUCUCAGCAGCACCGAGAUCAGCAAUUAUAAGGACAGAGCGGGGUAUCUGAACGUGUUGAUGAAUUGUCAGUGGCAGACUCUGUGGUGUCGAGUGGAGGCCGGAGUUCUGAACCUGUUCAGUGAUGAAAGCAGUGAAGUGACGCCGCAGUACACCGUGCAGCUCCGGGGGAGCGAGAUUCGGCCCGAUACCACUCAUACACACACACACCGCAUCACUAUCCUACAGCACGGAGACCCGCUGGCUGUCCUGGAGGCCAGGUGUUCUGAUGAUAAAGAGCAGUGGAUCCAGCUCCUGCAGGAUGGGAGCUCCACUGAUGUUGUGUCUCCAAAUCAACACAACAGUCACGAGUCGCUGAGCGGUCUGAAGAGCCGGACGCUCCCCAACGCCAACACGUACAUGGACGACCCCUUUCAGCAGCUCUGUAGCUCAGUCCGCGGAUCUCCCAUCUACUCCAACACCGCCUCACUGGAGCGCAUGUUUCAGAAAUCCCACACCGCUGGAAACGGAGAAUCGCUGCCAUCGUCAGAUUCUCCCGACUACAGCAACUGUGACGUCUUCAGAAGCAGCAGUAAGAAAGUGAGCGAGUUGGAGCGCGGUGUGCAAAAGCUGCAGCUGGCAGGAAAACGGAUCCCGGUGAGAGCGGGGUCAGAGGUCAACCUCGUCAACGUGGGGACAAAACCGGCCAAACGCUCGUCCUUCAGACAGUCCCUGCUCCCGUUCUGCUCAGAGAGAACACAGGGAGGGUUUCUGACUCCUCUCCUGCGUAGAACAGCUUCUGCUAAGCUCUCUCUGAGGCGAUCUCCCUCCACUCUGCUCAUGGAACACGGGCGUGUCUUUCACAGGAGGAAGGAGUGGGAGACGAAGGCAUCGGCUUGACCUGGACUCCUUCUCCUCAUCCUGUACACAUUCCUGUCCUGUUAUUAUUAUUAUUAUUAUUAUUAUUAUUAUUAUUAUGAAUUGCACUGAGAAUAAUAAUAUUAUUACCGCGCAUGUGGAUCAUGCAUUUUUUACGUUCAUUUUUGAAACAUUUCUGGGGAAUACAGUUUCAUAACGAUCAGAUCACGCUUUCUUUUCCGUGUCACACAGUCCGGAUUUAUUAUUCUCCAUCCCCAAUCUCGCGCGCUUGAACUUUUCUUCCGCAAAAAACCAACUGAGAGAAAAGCACACAACCCUGCAGUGUGAGUCGUGUGUAUGGAGGCGAUUAGGGGUCCAAGCACCGGUGUGAGCAGUGAGAAUAAUUACCUCUACAUGAACUCUCUCGCUCCGGCUCGGUGAGAACUCGGUACCGGUGCACAUAUUUUAUAUAAUAUACGUGUCUUUUUUUAAUGAAGUGCCUUAAUUAUUAAUUGUUUUUUACCCUUUUUUAAUGACGCAUGGAGUCGUGAUCGAUGUCCGUGUCAGUGUAGGAUUUUAUCUGAAUCGUCUGUGAUAUUUGAUAUAACGUACGUUGUUUUUUUAGGGUUUUUUUGUAAGAUUUUGUGUAAAACUGAUAACUGUGGUAUGAUGGUGAAUCUGUUCCUAAUAUUUGUGUAAUAAAUAAAGCAGCGUUGGAUAAAGAACGCUUUCUGUUCUGGUGAUUUACUCUCUGUAAUCUCUUUUAGACACGUUUAGUUUUAAUUAGAGCGAGAGAGAACAAACGAUUUUCCGAAAUAUUAUCGAGCUAAGUUCUAAAACGAAACUAAAACUAGCUAGCUAACACAGGGAAAGUUCACAAGUGUACUUUCACCUAACCCUAGUGUGAGCUAUCUCACCAAACAGCAUGCUAGCCGUCACAUUAACUUCACUAGCGCGAGCCAGGUUAGUGUAAAGGUUGGUGUUAAGGUUAAUAUCGGUCCGCUAGCUAGCUAGCAUCGGCUAAGUACCGUGGAUCACUAAGCCCUAGCGCUCACUGAAACACCAGUUCAUUACUGGUAUAUUCAGGGCGGGAUUUAUUGAUUGUUGUACUGAAAUCUUUUAGCGUUUAUCUUCACCGGGAUUCCCUGGUUUACUUUGUCAAUCCUUGAAAAUAAAAUAUUGAACAGAUGAAAAGCAAAACAAGAAAAACCACAGCGAAGAAAGACAGAUGUGAGUAAUAGAUGUAUGUGUGCGUAAACAUUAUAAUGUUUGUGACUGUUGAU